GAAAAUGGGGAAGCCGGGUCUGACUUUCCUCCUGAUCCUCCUCUGCUGCAACGAUUACAGCAGCUCACAGGGCUUCUGUCCGUACAAAUGCCAGUGUUUUACUCCGGAUCAAGUGCUGUGUUCUGAUGAGAGGAUGACAUCUCUACCCACCAAUGUGUCCUCGCAGGUCAAGGAGGUUAUUGUAAUAACAUCCGCUGUGACGUACCUGUUCACUCACACGUUACAGGAGAGUCCACAAAUCACCAAGCUAAUCUUUCUUAAUAACGCGCUGCGAAGCAUUCACUCGAAGGCAUUUGAGUGUUUGACGGAGCUGCAGGAGCUGGAGGUCAGUGGGAACCCCUGGCUGGAGCAUUUGUUUCUGGGAACCUUUUCAAAGCAAGAAAACUUGACUAAACUGCUGCUCAACUUCAACAGGUUCAGCACGGUGCCUUCUGGCUUGUUUGAUUCGCUCAAACAGUUGGAAAUACUGCAAAUGAAGAGCAACAUCAUAUCGUCUCUGCCUGCGUUUCUUUUCGUGAACCUUAACCGGCUCCGCGUCUUGGAGUUGUCCCAAAAUAAGCUUGAAGAAAUCACAAAUGAAACUUUUUCUGGACUAGAGAGGCUGGAGAUUUUGAAAAUCAACUACAACCUCAUCAGUAAUCUCACGUUAAACACGUUCCACAAUCUGUCUCAGAUGAAUGAACUCCACUUGGAGGGAAACAAGAUAACCCAGCUUAGUGACGACGUCUUCUCUGCAUUAACGAAGCUGAGGGUGCUGAACCUCCGCGGAAACCGUCUGACGAGCUUCGCCGAUAAAGUGUUUGGAUUUGAACCCUCCCACCUGGAGGAGCUGAACCUGCAAGGCAACAGACUGGCGGAGCUGUCGUCUCUAAGCAGUCUCACUUCGCUUACGAACCUAAUCUUGUCUUCUAAUCAGCUUUCAGGCCUUCAGGAAAAUCUUUUUACGAAUGUUACGGCCCUGGAGAACCUGGACCUGUCUGAGAACCAGCUCACGUCACUGCCUGAGAGGAUCUUCAGGGGUCUGUUGAGCAUGAACACCAUAAACCUCCACAGGAACAAUCUGAGCACAGUGGAUGCCAAGUUAUUCAUGGACCAGGUCUUCAUUCAGAGGCUGUAUUUGUCGGACAACCAGCUGCAGAGUCUCCCGGUGGGGCUUUUAGAUUCUUUUGUCAUCCAGCACACCGUGAGGCUGCAUGGGAAUCCCUGGAAAUGUGACUGCCACAUGUGGUACCUGCAUGACUGGGCGCUGCGGAGCAGUCGCGAUAUAGAGAUGCUGGACAGGGUGCUCUGUGAGAGCCCAGACUUUUUGAGAAAACAGAACAUCGUUUCCGUCGACAAGGACCAGCUGGUAUGUCGUCUGCCUAAAGAUGACGCGGCUGAUCUGAGCACUUGCAGCCUCCAGGGAUCCAAUGACACCAUGAUCAUCAAGUGUAAAACGGCUAAAUGCUCCGCGGUGACCGUGAAGGUGCAGUUUCAGCGGGAUGACGGCAGCAUUAGGGAGCAUAUCUUUCUAAAUGAAUCUGGUGACUUUCAGUGUAGCAAUGAGACGCUGAAUGAGAGAAACAUUUAUUAGCUUGCCUGCUUUUAAAAGACUUUGUUCGGUGAGCAAACUCUUUCCUCAAACAAAGGGUCAAUAAUAUGCUCUGGCUGUCAGUCAAUACUGUAAAUAAAUCUCUAACCCCCCUCCUGAUAACCAGCAUUCACAGGCGCUGCUGUAAAAGGGGUAAAUGAACCUUUUCUUUAAAAGGUCAAAGUACAGUUUUUGGAUGUAGUUUGAUCUCCAAUAAACACCUCUGGUAUCCUUUUUUCAUUUACACCUAAAAAAAAGUCACGACUUUCACGUGUCUGGUUUUAAUUGAAAACUAUUUGUUUCUUCUAAUUAUUAAACCUAAAUAAAUAAGACAGAAAACAGUGUCUUUAAAAUCUGGUAGAAGAAAUUUAUUGUAAACGUAGCAAUAUAAAUAUAUAAGGAUUUAAAAAUACCCAUAAGCAGGCAGAAUCUAAGACUCCAAAUUACAUUUCAAUAAAAGUGUCCCAAGAUCAAAAUGUAUGGAUCAGAAUUGUAUUUUAUUUUAUUACACCAAUGUGUUGUAUCAAU